AUGCCUCUGUGCAGGGCUUUAGUGGGGUUAUGGUGCAUUUUGAUGGCACUACCCCGGACACUAAGCCUAUCGUCAAGGGAUAGUUUAGGGAGAGAGACUGGACAAGCUUCUAAGGAGUAUUUUGAUUCGUUUUAUGUGGAAAGAGUGGUGGAAUUGGUACCAAGAUCUAUGAGCAAACGAAGUGUCAAUUCUAAUCAAAAUUCGUGGUUCAAUGAAAAAGAAAAAUUGAUAAUAAAUGGUUUGGGGAAAAAAUUUGUGUUGAUUUUAUCUCGUUCUAAGGAAUUUAUAGCACCAGGAUUUGUGGUGCAGCGAAUGACAGAUAAUACGACUUUUAUUGAGGAAUUUAAAGAUGGGGGUAUAUAUUCCAAGUGUUUUUACUCUGGAACUGUACAUGAUAACAUUCAUUCUGUGGCAACUCUGAGUCUCUGUGGAGCAUUGAGCAAGUUGCCAUUACAUAUAGUGUGUAUAGGUGGUGCUAUUGCACGCAAUCUCAGUAACAGUAUCUACCAUGAAAUGUACCUCUCUCGCGGUACCUAG